AUGAAUAUUACAAAAAAUUCGAGAUAAUUGAUUAUUGUUGAAAAGAAAAUAAUUUUCUUCUAAAAAAAACUAUAUAACAUUGAGGUUAACUGUGUUCGAUCGGUGUUUAUUGAAUUGCAAUUAAUUCAAAAGCAAUAAUUAUUUCAUGGGAAGAAAGAAAAGAGCUUAAUCGCCCUAAUAUGAAUAUAAACAGUUUAAUGUUUGUGAACAAUAUUAAAGCGUUCAGGAGUUUUCAUAAGUUAUACAAUUACAAUGCAACAAUAAAGAAUCCGCUAAUAGAAGUAACUCGUUUAUUGGCUACCAAGUCUGUGAAUAUAUUUAAUCGACAAACUAAAUUUUUACAAAGAGAAAGAGCUGCAUUCGAUGAGAAUGUGCAUGUUUAUGAUUACUUAAAAGAGGAAGUUGGCUAUAGACUUUCUGAUCGUAUAUUUGAUAUUAAAAAAACUUUUAAUGUUGCUGUGGACUUUGGCUGUGGUAGAGGAUAUAUUUCAAAAAAUGUGUCUCAUGACAAUAUCGAAAAGCUUAUAAUGUGUGAUAUGAGUUCAAAAAUGCUAGACCAGGCCCAUUGUGCGGAAGGGCUAGUGACAUCAAAACAUACUUUGCAGGAUGAUUAUUUGCAUUUUGAAGAAUCAAGCAUUGAUCUUGUCUUAUCGAGUAUGUAUUUGCACUGGAUAAAUGAUUUACCAGGAUGUUUUAAAUCAAUUUUAAAAAGUCUAAAACCUGAUGGAGUUUUUAUGGCAGCCCUAUUAGGAGGUGAUACUUUAUAUGAACUAAG